UCCUGAUGGUGGCGCUGCUGCCGUGCAUUUGCAUCAACAGGAAAGCACUGAAGCAGGAAGCAGGAAGUGAGUUAUUAUACGAGAUGAAGGGCGCGCUGGAGCUGCUGCAGAGGGUGAGUGCGCACGCAGACGCGAGCUGCUGGUACGUCGCGUGGAGCCCGGCGGGAACGCUGCUCGCGUCAUGCGGCGGAGACCGCGCCAUAAGAAUAUGGGGGAAAGAAGGGGACAGUUGGGAAUGUAAGUCUGUCUUGGCCGAUGGACACCAGCGUACGGUCAGAAAGGUGGCCUGGUCUCCCUGCGGGAAAUAUCUAGCAUCAGCCAGCUUUGAUGCCACAACAUGCAUCUGGAAGAAGACGAAUGAUGAUUUUGAGUUCCUGACAGUGCUAGAAGGUCAUGAGAACGAGGUCAAGUGUGUCACCUGGGCUCCGUCUGGAAACUUACUGGCCACCUGCAGCAGAGACAAAAGUGUUUGGAUCUGGGAAGUGGACGAGGAGGAUGAAUAUGAGUGUGUAAGUGUUGUGAAUUCACACACGCAGGACGUGAAGCAUGUCGUUUGGCACCCAACACAGGAGCUUCUCGCAUCAGCCAGUUAUGACAACAAAGUGUGUAUUUAUAAAGAGGAGGAUGAUGACUGGGGAUGUAGAGCCACGUUGGAGGGUCACGAAUCCACCGUUUGGAGUCUGGCCUUUGACCCUGAAGGACAGAGAUUGGCGUCAUGUAGCGAUGAUCGUACCGUGAAGAUCUGGAAGGAGUCAACGCCUGGAGAUGGUUCAACAGAUGAGUCCUGGAAGUGUGUGUGUAACUUGUCUGGAUUCCAUGGGAGAACAGUAUAUGAUGUUGCAUGGUGUCGUCUGACCGGUGCCCUGGCCACAGCGUGUGGUGAUGACGGAGUCCGUGUGUUCAGAGAAGACCCCACUGCUGACCCAGAGCAGCCUGUCUUCUUCAUGUCAGCCCAUGUGCCCAAAGCCCACGGUCAGGACAUCAACUGCGUGUCCUGGAACCCAAAGGAGGCGGGACUGCGUGCCACCUGCAGUGACAACGGAGAGUUUGCCAUCUGGAAGUACAACUCUGAUUCCUGAGCUGGUGAAUGACACUCGAUCAGACAAGCACUGAAUGAAUUUCAACUGCUCAAUGCAUAAUGAGGAACAAUAGCUGUUUUUAUUCUGGCUGUGAGUGAGGAAACUGUGUGUAUUGGCAGCACUGGUGAAAUGGAUUGAAAGACAAUAUACUCUUUAACUCACAUCACUCUUUGUUUUUGAUGGGAUAUCAGAAUUGUUUUUGACAGUAUGGAUAUAUUUUAGCUGUAUCUGUGGCUUAAAAUACCUUCAGUGCUUUAAUUAAAUAAAGAUAAAACAUC